UCUGGCGCAUCAGUCGAGGCAGAUCUUGGAGCUGCAGGAAGAGGUGGAGGGGGUGGGAGCGAAAGAGUCCAUCACUGAGAGAGCGCGCGAGAGACCGAGGGAAGGAAACUUGGCGGGCGCGUCGCUGGUUCCUGGGAUCCCAACACAAGCGCGAGAGAGGAAACGCCAAAUUUGUUUUUGCCCGGGCGGGGAAGAGGGCAGAUCUGGGCCUGCGGGAGUCCCCGAGAGUCGUUCAGAUUUUGGUGGGGGAAGGAGAGCGAGUGUGUGCGUGUGCCUGCGCGUGUGUAUAUGAGCGAGGGGCGGGCGCCGGGCGGCGGGGAUGGCCGAGAAGCGGAGGGGCUCGCCGUGCAGCAUGCUAAGCCUUAAGGCGCACGCCUUCUCCGUGGAGGCACUGAUCGGCGCCGAGAAGCAGCAACAGCUUCAGAAGAAGAGGCGAAAGCUGGGCGCGGAGGAGGCGGCCGGGGCCUUAGAUGACGGAGGCUGCAGCCGCGGCGGCGGCGCCGGAGAAAAGGGCUCCUCUGAGGGAGACGAAGGCACUGCGCUCUCGCCGCCGGCUGGGGCGGCACCCGGGCCCAUCCGGAGCUGCGCAGACCUGGAGCGGAGCUGCGGCUCCCGCGGAGCCGCGGGCGGCUGUGAGGACGGCUUCCUGCAGGGCGCUUCCCCACUGGCAUCCCCAGGAGACUCCCCGAAGGGGUCCCCGGUGCCCACCCUGGCCCGGCCCGGGACCCCGCUGCCGUCGCCGCAGGCCCCGCGGGUGGAUCUGCAGGGAGCUGAGCUCUGGAAGCGCUUUCACGAGAUCGGCACGGAGAUGAUCAUCACCAAGGCCGGCAGGCGCAUGUUUCCAGCAAUGAGAGUGAAGAUAUCAGGAUUAGAUCCUCACCAGCAAUAUUACAUUGCAAUGGAUAUUGUGCCAGUGGACAACAAAAGAUACAGGUAUGUUUACCACAGCUCUAAAUGGAUGGUGGCGGGCAACGCUGAUUCCCCUGUGCCACCCCGGGUGUACAUUCAUCCGGACUCGCCUGCCUCAGGGGAGACUUGGAUGAGACAAGUGAUCAGUUUCGACAAGCUGAAGCUCACCAACAACGAACUGGAUGACCAAGGCCACAUUAUUCUUCAUUCUAUGCACAAAUACCAACCACGAGUCCAUGUCAUCCGUAAAGACUGUGGGGAUGAUCUUUCUCCCAUCAAGCCUGUUCCAUCUGGGGAGGGAGUGAAGGCAUUCUCCUUUCCAGAAACUGUUUUCACCACUGUCACCGCCUAUCAGAAUCAGCAGAUUACUCGCCUGAAGAUAGAUAGGAAUCCCUUUGCCAAAGGCUUCCGAGACUCUGGGCGUAACAGAAUGGGUUUGGAAGCCCUUGUGGAGUCAUAUGCAUUCUGGCGACCUUCACUACGGACCCUCACCUUUGAAGAUAUCCCUGGAAUUCCCAAGCAAGGAAAUACAGGUUCCUCCACCUUACUCCAAGGUUCUGGGAAUGGCGUUGCGGCCACCCACCCUCAUCUUCUGUCCGGCUCCCCUUGCUCGUCUCCAGCCUUCCAUCUGGGACCCAACACCAGCCAGCUGUGUAGUCUGGCCCCGGCUGACUACUCCGCGUGCGCUCGCUCCAGCCUAACCCUCAACCGGUACAGCACAUCCUUAGCGGAGACCUACAACAGGCUGACCAAUCAGACGGGCGAGACCUUCGCCCCGCCCAGGACUCCCUCCUACGUGGGCGUGAGCGGCAGCGCCUCGGUGAACAUGUCCAUGGGCGGCACGGAUGGGGACACCUUCAGCUGCCCACAGACCAGCUUAUCCAUGCAGAUUUCUGGGAUGUCCCCCCAGCUCCAGUACAUCAUGCCUUCACCCCCCAGCAACGCCUUUGCUGCUAACCAGACACACCAGGGUUCCUAUAACACGUUCAGGUUACACAGCCCCUGUGCCUUGUAUGGAUAUAACUUCUCCACAUCCCCCAAACUGGCUGCCAGUCCUGAGAAAAUUGUUUCUUCCCAAGGAAGUUUCUUGGGGUCCUCACCGAGUGGGACCAUGACGGAUCGGCAGAUGUUGCCCCCCGUGGAAGGAGUGCACCUGCUUAGCAGUGGGGGUCAGCAGAGUUUCUUUGACUCUAGGACCCUAGGAAGCUUAACUCUCUCAUCAUCUCAAGUGUCUGCACAUAUGGUCUGA